AUGGACCAGAUCAGGAGAUUCAUUCAGUGGGAUGCCAAAGACUCAGGAAUACUGGAAAAGAUACGGUUGUGUUUGAUAAAGAAACUGCUGCCAGAUUGCGAAGACAGAAGGAAGUACCACGAGGAGUUCGCCUCAUCCACUUCGUUCCACGGCGUGCACAACAUCGUGCACAGGCGGAGCAGGGCUCGCAGGGCGCUGUGGCUGCUGGUGGUGGCAGGCUGCCUCGCCACGGCUGCCUGGCAGAUCUGCAGCCGCCUCAGCUACUACCUCAGCUGGCCAACCACCACUGCCGUGGUGGUCCAGUACGUGGAAAAAGUCAAAUUCCCCGCUGUGACCUUCUGCAACUUGAACAGGUUUCAAGCUCAUGCUGUGAGCAACCUGAAAGUAAUUUUUUUAAUUUGGAACACUGUAUCUGCAAUUCUCCAAAAAUUUGCUGUGGAAGACAAAUAUUCCGAGGAGUUAAAUGAUUUCCUUCUUGGGAACCAGAACUUCAGCAUCAAAGACUUUACAAGGCAAAAUGGGUUUUAUCUGAACAGCAGCACAUUGCUUGAAUGUGAUUUUUUUGGAAAGCCAUGUUACCCACAGGAUUUUGAACAUGUGUUCACUGAAUAUGGAAACUGCUUUACUUUUAAUCAUAAUGAUCUUUCAGCAAGAAGAGUGAGUUUGUCUGGAAGAGGCUUACAUUUGCUUUUUGAUGUCCAGCAGGACAAAUUCACUGAUGAGCCUACCCUCGGUUAUACUGACGCUGGAAUAACUUUUGUUGUCCACUCACCCCAAGAGCUGCCGCGCUUUGAUGGGUUGGGUCUGCUGACGCCAGUGGGGACGCACGCGCAGGUCGCAAUCCGCCAGCUGAAGUCAAUUAUCCAAGAAUACCCAUGGGGAGAGUGCAAGCCUGAUAUAAAGCUUCAGUACCACAAGAUUUAUAGUACUAAUGGAUGUUUGCUGGAAUGCAAAGCCCGGUACAUACAGGACUGGUGUGGCUGUUUGCCUUUCAUUCUUCCAGGAAAUGGAACAGAAUGUGACUUGCUGAAAUUUUACAAAUGUGUUUAUCCAGCAGUCUAUAAUAUAGAGAUAAAAGGAUUAUGUACAGUAGGAACACACAAUUCCACUUGCCCUGCCCCAUGUGAAGAAACAGAUUAUCCUACCACUGUCACCUAUUCAAACUUUGGAGGAGAAAAAGCCAUAAAAUAUUUUUCUACAAAACUGAAGAAAAGCCCAGAAUACAUCAGGCAAAACCUUGUGCGUAUUGAGAUUAAAUAUCAUGAUCUGAGCUACAAAAUAACACAACAGCAGAAGGCUUUGACUAUCUCUGAGUUGCUUGUAUUCCAGUUCAGACAAGGACUCUGCUGUGUGAAGUACCUCACAGACCCUGCUCCAAAGAAAACUGUAAGGCACCUGGUUUUCUCCUCAAUUCAAGCACAUGUGUGUUUGGGAAGCCACUUUACAUGGUCACAUAAGAAAGUGUGGUUAGGCAGGCAAUGGUAACUACCUUUUCUCUCAUUCUUACUUAUUGCGCAGAAAAUUUAAAUGUCUCAAAACAAAUGGCCUCAAUAGCAAGCAGAGAACAGCAAGAGCACUGUCGUGUGAUAGACAUGACUUUUCCCGAGCCUCCCUUGUGAAGGCAAAGAGGUUUUGUACCUGGUGUAUGAAGAAGGGUGGAGAAACAAUGCUUUUGAGUUAUGUGGACAGAGCAACUUCCUGUCACCCAGUUGCUUUGAUGACAUCUUUGGGUUUGCUCCAGAAAAUACUCACCCACGUAGGCUCUGCUGGUGACACUUGCAAAUACUGCAUUAUGAGGUUUACAUCUAUAUUUGGAAACAAUCUAUUUAUUCUUUAUUGCUGACACAUGGCUGAAAUCCCACUGGCUGGCAUUGCCAGUUUCUACAGACUCCAUAGGAGGUUUUUAGUACAAUAAGCCAAUAAGAAAAUAUUGCCAGAAAACUCUGUCUGGAAAUCAAGAACAUUUUUAGCAAAUUAGUAAUGGUAAUCAAUUCCAAAGAUGCAUCCAAGAGUGAAAACCAUCUCUUUAGGGAAGAGGAAGGAGUAGGUUCCAAUUGAAGAAGAGAGAAUUUCUCAUGAUGGUAUAGCUCAUAUCUCUAAGGAAAAUCAGGAGAGUUGAGGAUUCAAACAGUUGCUGUGCUAAGGGAAAUGCUAGACUUUUGCUUUCUCAACCUCUGUGUCUUUCAUAAUGCCCAACAGGAAAUAAACCUUCUAAAGGUAUAAUCUUCUACUGAAUGUGCACCCAGCAAUGGAAUUCAGCUCUUAAGCUCCAUUAAUUAACCCCUACAUAAAACACUCAACACAUUCCCACAGUGUAAAGUCAAAAAAUAUAGUUCUGAAUUCAGCUGCAUAAUUCUGACAUUUUUGCCUUAAUAAAGAAUAUAAACAAGUCCACAAAGUGAUCAGUAGUUUACAUGAUAUCAAGAUCAGACCCAGGAUGCCCUGUAAUGAAAAUAUGCAAUAGCUACUUAUCGAUAUGAAUGUCAUUAACAACAAACUAUACAAUAGUGGUUAAAGCUAGCAAAAUUCUCCAGGAUUACAUCAGGGACAAAGUUUGACUACUUUUUUUUUCCAGUCUCCCCAUCUUAAUUUAUAAAUACUAUGUUACUCAAAAGCAUUUUACCUUUAAAUAAUCAGCAGAAAGAGGUUGAGGGUUAAUUUCUGAGAUUGCUCAGCAAUCAGCUGAACAGAAUGGCUCUCCUGCUGAGAAAGCUACAAGUGAAAUGGAUUUCUAGCAUGUAUUCUGAAUGCAUGCAUUUGGUUUUUUAUUACUAAGAGCAGGUUGAUGAAAUAAAGCAUAUACAGGACUUGGUAAUUAAAAUGAAUGCACACUUCACAUGCAUCAAUAGAUGAGUAUUUGCCCUAAGGAGGUGAAGGACAGCAGAACAGAAAACAGAUGGCAGGCAGCUCUCAGAUCCAUAAGCCAAAACAUCUAUUUUGGCCAUGCUUACAGAAUCUUAGUGCCCAAAUUCUGUCCCUCCUUUUCUUGUUAAAAGUGGAAAAGGAGCAACAUUGCCUGGUACUGUUGUUUCUCUGGAUGCUGAUGGAAGAUAAAGUCCUCAGCAAGGUCUUGGGUCUCCAGCACCUUACCCAGGUCCCCUGCACCCAGAGAGCCUCACUGCCUCUGCUCCAGGGCAAGGCAGGUGCAUCCCAAAUGCUGCUGCUUGUGCAAGUGUCCAGACAAGAAGAGAAGCCCAAAUGAGGCCUGGUGCUCGGGAAGCAACAAGUCUCCUUUUCUUCACCCUCCUGAUUAUCUGCUCCACCUGCCCCUGCAGGAAGGAAAGAAGCAGAGUUGAAAAAGCCUUGGCAGUGCUUAAAUUUAUUGCCUGACUAAUCUGUGUGCUGGUGGGUGGGGACUAUUCCUUUCACAGCCUAAUUUUCCACUCAGAAUCCUUUUCCACUGAUUACUACUAAUUUUUUUUGCACCAAGCUGUGCACUGAUAGAAUUCAUCCACUUGUGUAUCAGCCAGAAUAAAGCUGCUUUUUGUUUUUCCACAAGCAGGGAGCUUUCCUGCUUGUUUUUUGUUUAGGAGCAGGAGAUGUUCCAACCUGACCUAGUGACUGCAAUUAGAAACUCUAAUGACCUGUGAAUGUUUUUAAGCAUUGACUGAGCAAGUAAAACAGCUCUGAUAAAUGCAACCCAAAGUUCAAAUCUGCAUAACUGAGAUGCAUAGAAGGGGAAAUGUUACAGAAACAGAUGAAGGAAAGAAGCAAAGACUUUAACAUCAGUCCUUCCAGUCCGCAUCCUCAUAAUUAACAAUGGAAGUAGCUUGAAGGCUGCAGAACAGAAUAAAAGCAGAUGCAGGGAAUUUUGGCAUACUCCAGGUAUAAGCAACAGCCUGGAAAUAAUAUAUUAGUUCUUCCUGAUUUGCAAGUACUUUUAUUCCUGCCUUCAAUUCAGAGACACUUUCAGUAGCACUUGUCUCAACAGAAAUUUUCCUGUGUAUUUACCAGAGAGCUGUAGAGAAAAUGAACAUAAGGAACAGAAAGAGAUGUGUAAAAUGGCCUACUCUGCAUCAGGAGUGACACUGUAGGUCAGCAGGAAGUCCUAUCAGAAAAGUGAGUACUCUACAACAGAAGCUAGUCCUAAAGUGCUGACAAGUUCUUUCAAAUACUUAAUUAACAGACCAGAUAAAUUUUUUUUUUGCAGCAGUGUUACAACUGCCAUGGGCCUUCACAUUCAUGGGGACAAUAAAAUCAGUAAUGCAAACAGAAAUAACCCAAAAAUCUUUGUAUGAGAAACUACACAUGAAUGAAGAAUUUGAAUGUUUAGAAAGACCUGUCAAUGCAGCAUCUUUGCCUUGUAAUUUUUAAAUAGUUUAAACAAACUAUCUCACAAAUAUGACCUCCUAUGAUGGAACAACUUUAAGUUAUUUGUAGGAUGCUUUCCUUCUAAGAGCCUCAUGUAAAUGCAGCUAUAGGAAUGCUGGGUUCUGCUUGGGCAAAGUUGAACUUCUUUUCUUGAACAACACUGUUGUUACAUAAUCCUUACCAAAAUGUUACCAAAGAUCCGUGCCAUUGUAACUGUCUUAUGUUAGAUGUUGGAAUAUUAUAUCUUCAUAUAAAAUUGUAGCUUAUGUUACCUGCUUUUACACAUGAGCGAUGUUCCAAUUCAAAGUACUGAUACAUCCAUCAGAGACACAACAUUUGAUUUGUGUAUUCCUGAACUAAAAUCUAAUGAGCUACAUGAUGUAUGGGGUUUGGGUAGUAUCAAUAGCACCAGUAAUAGAUGAAACAACCACAAAUAUUGGACUGACUUCUGAAGUCCAAAGCAGAGUCAGCAGUCAAGAAGGAAAAGGCUUUUGAUUUUCUUCAGGGUGCCAGGGGCAGUCAAGAGUAAGGUGAAAAUUUAGCACUUAGUAAAAACAAAACCAAUGAACUAAAAGGAUGGACAGUGCUCCUUGACAGCCAUGCAGCAUGGUUUGGAAAAUAAGGUUCAAGUGAAAAACUGAGAUUGAGUCAUUCAUAAAGAUAGAAAUGUUAUCAUUAACCCCAGCCCUUUUGCACAGAUAGCCUCUCCUUUCAGACUUAUAAAAUGCACAAUGGAAAGAAGCAAUUGCUUUCAAAACCAAAUACUUAUCUGUAUAAACAAAAUUGAUCUUUCUUUUCUUCCAGUGAUGAAAGCAGCACAGUAGUUAUUUCCAUGGUGUUCCUUUGGAGAAUUGAGAACUUCAGGAAAGCAAAUUCUUCCAACAGCUGCCAACUUUAGAACUUGCAGUCUGUACACCACUCAUUAUACUCUAUGCAAGAGCAUGCAGCACUCAAAUAUGUGUGUCUGUGUAUAUACACAUGGUAUCUAUGAAGCCUGAAGUGUAGGAUGAUGUGGGAAUGACUGUGCGAAAAGGUAUGAAUCCUUAUUUUGUGGGCAAGUUUCUUAUCCUCUAGAUCAUUACAAAAUUGCCCAGAAUCGCAUAUAUAAUGUGACAGAAAGUGGGGCUUGGAUUUCUUGUACAGGUAGUUGAAGCUCUGAAUGCUUCACUAUGCCCUCUGUGGAAAAAGAAUACUUACACUUCAAUCUCCUUAUAUAAGGGUUUUUGGUUUUUUUUAAAUAGGUUGUUUCUGAACACUUUGUGUAGGAAAGCUUACAUUUAUUAAGUUGACUUGCACAAAAUAUCUGAAAAUAACAGGCAUAACAAGCUGUAUUUUCUUUCCAGGAACGUUAGACCCAGUAUUUAGGACUUGUAAGAAAUAGAUGUCCAUUUCUUCACCUAAUACACUGCAUAUUUCAGUGUGAUUUAUGAAAGUGGUUUAUUUUUCAUACACUGCAUUACAGCACUGUGCUCACACUGACACAGGGGCUGACGACAGCAAUACUGAACUCAGUUUUACUCCUUAUCUGAAAACUAUGAACUUUUCGUUUUUGUGGGAGGUAUUAUUUGGUUUUAUUUUUAAACAAAGGCUCAAGGACUACUGGCUUAAUUGGUCUCCAGUUCAGGAUUAUGAUUAACACCUGCUAGGAAGUGUGAACAUUUUUAGCGGUUUGCUGGGGCUCAGCUAAGUUCUGUCAUUUUAAUCACAAGUCAGUUUUUAGAGCACUAGACAGGACACCACAUUUAUCAAAGUGUAAAAUCAGUUGUUAAAGGCCAGAAUGACCCUGACAACCCACAAUACAAAAAGGCACACAGGUUCCUGCCAGAGCUGCCUAGCAUACAAACAGAUAGAGCCUCAGCCCACAAAACUGCUAAACUUGAAAGCACAGCUGCUCUGUGGUGUUAAAUCUGUAUUAGGUAAUCACCUCUGGAAAACAAUGCCAAUGUGAAUGCUGCAUGUGGGAAACAGUCUGGGACAAAACCCUUACAAACAGAGAUCCCACAUCUUCAUCCCAGAAUAAUAAUCAAAAUAUUGUUUUCACAUUCCACUCUUGUAAUUAUCUCCAAACAGUUAUAUUGGCAAAAAGACCCGUUGAUUAUGAUGAAACUGAACAUUAGCCUUUUCCUGUUAAUAACAAAGAAUUAAUUGGUAGAGACAGCAUGUGUUGUUGCAGUUUUUCCAAAGUCUCACCCAAAGUCAGACAGACAGUAGAAAAAAACUCAGUGCUUCGUAUACGUGCAGCUAUGGAUUGGGGAAUGGAACCUCUUUUUGUUCUUUUUUUUGUUUUAUUCUGGUUUUGGGGUUUUUUGUUGUUUUUGUGUUUAUGGGGUUUUUUUGCAGUUACAUUAGCACAGCUUUGUUUACUAGCUCAUUACUUGCUCCCCUUCCCAUGGUCAGGUCGGUGCAUGAAAUAACAAGAGUUUCAGACUGUAUCCAGGAAAGAAAGGAUCCUGUUAUAAUGAGAAAUAAAACCUUGUUAAAAUAAAACAGGACUAUAAGUCCAGUCACUUCCCUUUACUUCUGCUAUGAUAAGCCAACACAGUGACUGGCAGAAUUAAUUUAUAAUUGCCCAAAACAUCCCAUUUGAACCAGUAUGCUGACUGCCUAGAGUACAUGAAUACUACAUUCUCUUCAAGUUUUCACAGUGCUAGAAUCUCAUGACCCAACUUUUUUUUUUUUUAAUAGUAUGUGAUGGCUCUAGAAAUGCAUGGAAUAACCAUUUUACAGUUUGUGACAAUACAGUAAAGUGUUGACCUGUCUACAUGGUGAAUGAAAAACACAUUUUAGGAUACAGAUGCCUCAGACCUUUCUCUGGCUCCAUGGAGAGAGGUGUUGCUGACAGGGCCAUAGACAUUGCAGAGUACAAGAAUGUACAUUGUAGUGCACAACUGCCUGCAGCUCACUCAUUGAUUAGCUUUAGAUUUUACUAGAGGUUUGUUCAAAGCAAAGGUUCUGGGGCCUCCAGCACCACCCAUUCAUAUCAGAUGCUAGCACAUCCCAUCCUGUUUCCUUCUUGUGCCUAUGAUUGUCUUUCAAAAGUGAGCUUGGAACCAAUCAGAUAUAUUUGCACUACCAUCUCAAACACUGUAACCAAGUAAUAAAAAAAAAAUCUCACAUAACCUUAUCAGUUUUGUCUUCAUGUGUCCCUCCUGGAGGAUUGCCUUUACAGAGAAUCCUGGUUUGGAAAACAACUCUUAAGACCAUCAAGUCCAACUGUUAACUUAGCACUGCUGUGUUCACUGCUAAACCACAUUCCCAAGUGCUGCCUCUAUUUGCCUUUUGAACACUUCCAGGGAUGGUGAUUCCACCACAUGCUAGGGCAGCCCGUUCCAGUGCCUGACUACCCUUUCACUAAAGACAUUUUUGCGAUAAUCCUGUAAGCAGAUAUCCAAAUGAGUAUCUCAUCCAUUGUUUAUCAUUCUGUUAAAAAAAAAAUCAAACAUGAAGUUAUGUCCCCAGAGGUUGCUCCUACCAAGGACUGGCCCAGCAGUUUGGAAGCCAACUGCAGUGCCCACUUUAUGACAGCAGUAGAGGCACAGAGCCCCCUGCACAGUCAAAGCACAAACACCACUGAAAAUCAUUUUCCCUUGCCUGUCUGAUUUCACAGGAAUGCAUAAGAUCCAGGAGAUUCCAAACAACUAAGCAUUCCAUAAUUUGCAGUUUUGUGGCUGAUCUCCCCUUUUUUCUCCUUGUUCUAGUUUUUCUAUUUUAAACAAAAAAUACCAGAAUAAAAUACAUUUAUAAAGACCUUUGAAACAGACUUUGAUUAUUACUCUGCCUCAUGUUUUAGCUAGAGAGCCUCUAUUGAAAAAGCAAAUCAUUAUAGUUAAAUAAAAGAGGCAGUAGAACACACAUAAAAGAACUAAAUAGCUGCAGAAAUGUUUAACUGUUAACUGAGAGUAAUAUUUAACCAAAUGGUACAUUUAGUAGUUGAAUGCAACAUUUAAGUGGAGAUCAGUUUUAGUAACAGAAGUGGCUAAGUGCCCAAACUGUACUGAGAUAAAAACCUCUUACAUGAACACAAUAUGAGUUAUUAUUCUAUGCUUUAAGAAAUUUCAAAAUUUUAAAGCUCCCAUAAGCUUUAAAUGUUAUGUUACAAGGUAGCUUAAUGGGAGCUUUAAUAUUUUGAAAUUAUUAAGAAGAUACAAUAUAAACCCAGAGCAUUAUUUAAGUUUUCUGGCAUGCCAUCUUCCACCAGCUUAAAGUGUGAUACAGAACUUCAUUUUCUUCAGAACCAUUUGCAUAUGAGUUAUAUCAAUAUACAACCACAGCUGUCACAAAUUCCAUGUCUUUCAAAGGCACCAUAAAGUUUUUGUAAGCUUGAACAACUUGAUCAGUCCACAUUGCUGCUGUGGACCUAUCUGAGAGAGGGCAACCUCUGAUGAUGUCUUGGGGUGUGUUGCUGUCCAGCAGUGAGAUGAUGCAGAAGAAAAUAUGAGGUUUCCUCCCUUGAUUUCCCAUUCCUAAAGCUUGGAUUGCUAAUGCACCUCCUGCUCAAUCAUACAGCUAUAAUGUUUGAUUGUUAAAUACUGCCCAAGGGUUUCAAAUGAAGGUUUUAUAAAUUUUUGUCACCUCAUCUACUGUUUUUGAAGCAUCAACCUCAACAUUCUGAACACUACUUUAAUUUGAGUAUGUGAUCCAUUAACGUGAAUAUGUGAGACAUUUGGACAUUUGCAAACACUGGAACAAUGCCUCAACAAUUUAUUUAAAUAUGAACUGCAAAUUAUGGAAUGGAGAAAAUACUUUUUUUUGUAUCAAGCAACGAAAUAAAGUUUUCUGCCAAAAGAAAAUCACAAGAUUUCUAGAAGUCCGUGGAAAAAAUAAUUUAUUGCAAUUUCUUUUGCACAUUAACAUGAAACAUUUAUACAUAUAUAUUCUGUGCUAAUAAGAUAUACUAGAUAUAGACAAUUUUUAUACACAAGGUAAUUGCACUAUUCUAUUUUAUAAUGCAAAUAUUCAGAAAUGAUCAGUCAGAUAAGAACAGAUACUAUUCACAUAAAAAUGCACUAUAUAUUAAAGUUAUGGAAGGUCUAUGCAUCUGAAAACUUGUCCACUUUUACUAACUGUGUCAUAUGAUGAAACACACUAUGACCCUUCCCAAGCUUUACAUCCCUUAAUUAUGUCAUGAUGCCUAGAAUAUUACCAGGUCCUCUCAAGGAAUAAAAUAAGAUCAUUUCUGAAAUUAGAGAGACCAAACCAAAAGGCAACUGUAUCAACCAUGUACCAGCAGCAUGCCUUCCAACUCCAGGGGCUACAUCAGAUGAGAAUCAAUGCACUAUGAGUUGUCUAAAAUUGUCCAGCAAUCUAUUACUAAUAUGACAAUUUAAUUUAGUUUAUAUAAA